AUGUAACCCAAAAAAACUGAGGUGGAGCUGAUUUCCACACCUCAUCCACCCCGUCCCAAGGACUAUGACAAGACAGAUAUAAAUCGAAGGGCAAUACUAGUACUACUGCGAAAUGCGAAUUGCAUUAUACAAGAUGGAUGAUGAAGAGGUUGGUACUUACACGUUGGAUGAAGCCCUUGCCAUGGUGGGGUUCGGAAAAUUCCAAGGCCUUGUUCUUGCUUAUGCUGGGCUUGGUUGGUUUGCAGAAGCAAUGGAAAUUAUGAUUCUUUCCUUUAUAGGAGCUGCUGUUAAGUCAGAGUGGGGACUUUCCUCAAGCCAGGAGAGCCUGUUAACAACUGGUGUCUUUGCUGGUAUGCUCAUUGGGGCAUAUUCAUGGGGCCUUAUAUCAGACAACUAUGGAAGGAGGAAGGGUGUUCUUAGUAUAGCUGUGGUAGGUAGUGGAGCUGGAUUUUUGAGCUCAUUCUCUCCAAAUUAUUUAUCACUUGUUAUUGCUCGAGGUUUGGUUGGUUUCAGCCUUGGUGGUGGUCCCGUAUUCUUAUCCUGGUUUUUAGAGUUUGUUCCAGCUUCAAAUAGAGGCAUGUGGAUGGUCAUCUUUUCAACUUUCUGGACAUUUGGAUCAAUUUUUGAAGCCUCACUUGCUUGGAUAGUCAUGCCUAGAUUAAACUGGAGGUGGCUACUUGCACUGUCAUCUGUGCCAUCAUUUGCUCUGCUUCUUUUUUAUGGUGUUGCACCUGAGUCUCCGAGAUAUCUAUGCAUGAAAGGUAGAACAAGUGAUGCACUUCGAAUUCUGGAGAAGAUGACUUCAGUCAACCAAACAAAGCUUCCUCCUGGCAUCCUUGUUUCUGGUAGAACAAUUGGCCAGGAUGAAGACUGUAAUCCACAAGAGGUUAUGAGCCCCUUACACCCCUUACUAAGGGAAAAUAUUAUGCAAUCUAAAUCAGGCUUCUCAUCAUUUUUUAUGCUUUUCUCAUCAAGAUUAAUUCAAACAACCCUCCUCCUAUGGGUGUUAUACUUUGGAAAUUGCUUUUCAUAUUAUGGUAUCAUAUUGCUGACCUCAAAGCUAAGUAGUGGACAAAGUGGAUGUUUCAAAACUAUUUUGAGCUAUGGAAACCUCCACGACACCAGCCUCUAUGUGACUUCAUUUGUCACUAGUUUGGCAGAGCUUCCUGGGCUUCUUUUGUCAGCAAUAUUGAUCGAUAGGGUAGGCCGCAAGCAGUCCAUGGCACUCAUGUUUGUCAUAGCAUUUAUUUUCCUUCUUCCUCUGCUCACCCAUCAGUCUGCAGUUCUGACUACGUGCUUAUUAUUUGGAGCUCGCAUGUGUGCCAUGGGAACCUUCACAGUUGCCUGUAUAUACACCCCUGAGUUAUAUCCAACCCCAGUGCGGACAACUGGUGCUGGAGUUGCAAGUUCUAUGGGAAGAAUUGGUGGCCUGGUAUGUCCUCUUGUCGCAGUGGGAUUGGUGACUGAGUGCCAUCAAACAGCAGCUGUUGUCCUCUUUUUGGUUGUAUUAGUUCUUUCAGUAGUCUGUAUUCUACUCUUCCCAUAUGAAACAAAGGGCCGGGAACUCAGUGAUGCUAUGGUUGUAUCUAGUUGAAACAAUUAAUUGUUGUCAGAACAUACCAUAAUUUGUUUUAAGGGGAAGAAAUGGUUCCCCGACCUGUCCA